GCUGUGACUGGAUAAAAUAUUUUUUUUUCCCCUACCCUAAAUUACUGGCUAGAGGCCAGAAGCGCUCAUUUAAUACGGUGGCAGGGCUUCAACGGCCACAGCGAUGCGGUGGUGCAUUUGGAGUGACUAAAAUGCUCUUUGGGGGUUGCUUUGUGUGGACUGUGCUUCACCUAAGGUGUAAAUGCCYUCAUGGGAAAGAAGCUGCCUCAAUCGCACAGAUAGAAAAUACUAAGAAAUGAAUAAUCACUGAGGAGAAGGCAAGAGAUGACGCAAAGUGAUAACCAAAAUCAAAACCUUGAGGAAAUAAUUAAGGAGCUGUGUGCAUGUAAUGGAUUAUCUUACGAGAAAGUUGAUCAAGAAGGACUGAAAAUAACGGCACUGGAGAUGUUUUUCUCGGGUUAUCCCAAAAUAGUAGGAAUGAAAUAUUUCCCAAAUUUGACUAAACUCACUCUUCUUGGGCAAAGGAUUCCGGAGAUUUCAGAUCUGGAGCACUGCCUGUUCCUCAGAGAGCUGUGGAUUGCUGAAUGCUGUUUAGUGAAAAUACAUGGGCUACAAAAAUGUGUGCAUUUGGAAAAGCUUUACCUUUAUUGCAAUGAAAUUUCCCAAAUUGAAAAUCUGGAAACCCUAUCAAAGCUGAAUGUCCUCUGGUUGAAUAAUAAUCUGAUCAAGAAUAUAAAAGGCUUACAUACUCUGCAGAAUUUACGAGAGGUCAACCUCGCUGGAAACUUAAUAGAAAAAAUAGGAAGUUGUUUGGACUUCAAUGUACAAAUUGAAAUAUUAAACCUCUCUGCAAAUAAACUAUCUUCCUUCAAGGAACUCACUAAUUUGUCAAGACUGUCUAAUUUAAAAGAUUUGGGCCUAAAUGAUCCUCAGUAUGGGCCCAACCCUGUUUGUCUUCUUCAUAAUUAUGCUAUCCACGUGCUCUAUCAUAUACCUCAGCUUCAAAGGCUUGAUACAUAUUGUGUGUCUCAAAGGGAAAUCAAAAUUUUGGCAGAAACCACUGUUAUGAAAAAAAAAAUGUACUAUAACAUGCAUGUAAAAAGCAUUUAUAGGCAGCUUGGUGGCAGACUUCGAAAGCUGAAAGAGAACAAAAGCAAGCUGCAGAAUUUGCCAGAAAGUAAGAUAAAAUUGUUCAGCUGCAACAUAAAACACCUGGAACGUGAACUGGCUGAACUGCAAACWUUGGGCCAAACAUCAAGUAAUAAAUAUCUAAAGAGUAAGAAGGUGGAAACUGAAACUUCAGUUCAUGACAGUGAUGAUGCAAAUAAGGAGGCUAAAAAGUCCAAUCUUGAAAAAGUAUUCUUACAAAAAAUAAAUGCCCUGAAGGAAAGAAUAACAUUCUGGAACGGAAAACUGGAUGAAAUUGAAAAAUAUUAUGAGAAGGAAGUUCAGAAAAAAAAGAAAAGUUUUAACUUGGUAGUACAAUUUUUGUUGAUGGAAUUGGAAACAGUGGGAAACAUUCGCUUUGAAGAAGGUUUAUCAAAUAAUCCCUGGUUUAGUUGCUGUUGUGAUCUAAUUGAAUCACGAUAUUGUUUCUGGGACUUCAGAUCAUAUGGUUUCUCAGGAGUAAAAAUAAAUCGCGUCUUCAGAGUGCACAAUCAAAUUCUGAGGCUGAAAUAUGAAGAGAAGCUUCAAAUGUUUCUGGAGAAAGAAGUUUUCAGUACAGCAGAACACUACAAAGAGAAGGUGGAUUAUCUCUUUUAUGUGUUUAAUCCUGAAAUGCCAGUUAAUGACAMGCAGCUGCUACAGCUACUGGAGGAUGGUUUCCAGGCGGAGGGGCACACGUUGCCUAAYGCAGAGGAAGCUGUUCCGCUCUGUAACAGUCUAAGCAUCUGCGAAUGCCCCAGGAUAGAGUUUUUGAAAAAAMAAGCCAAUACAGAAGGCAAAACCAGCAGUGAGCCUGAGGAGUCAUUCAAGCAAGAAGCACAGUCUUCGUUGGAAUGGAGAAAGUGUGACUGCAGGCUUCGGCAGUACGAGUGGUUUGUGUUUGAUCGUGAGCUAGUCCUACCAGAAUAUCUUGCUGAGUUUGAGUAUGUUACACUGGGCAAAGAUCAAUCUCUGUUUUCUACAUGCAAUGUAAUUGUAAAAGAGGGAAAGAAAAGCACAGAUGGAUUUAUUCAGCCUGAUGAUUUGCGAUGUGAUGAUGAAGUUUUGAAUAUGCAACCACCAGUAAAAGCUAGUACUAAAAUUGCUUGCUUAGAUGAAAAAGCAAUACUUUCAGUGGCUAAGGCCAGUGUUUUCAGUCAGGUAAAGGUUUUGAAUUUGCAUGGAAACAGCCUGAGAAAGCUACGAGACAUCUCUAGACUAAAGAGACUUCAAAAGCUUAUCAUCAGCUUUAAUGAAUUUACUUCCUUAGAUGAUAUUUGUGACUUGCCCAACCUCGAGUAUUUUGAUGCAAGUCAUAACCAUGUGAUCAUGCUGAAGGGCCUUAGGUGCUUAAGGAAACUGCAGUGCUUUGAUCUGAGCUGGAAUCAGCUGAAAAAGAUUAGGGAAGAAAUGAACGUCUUACGUGAACACACUCCCAACUUGCUUAGUCUUGACAUUGCACACAACCCGUGGCAUGAGACAGCGUCAUUGCGUUUGAGUGUCAUUGGCCAUUUAAAGGCUCUCAAUAUCCUAGAUGGAGUCGUGAUUACUGAAAAAGAAGCUGCAGAAGCAUUACACUAUAUUGCAAGAUCGAAUAUAACCCAGGUAUCUCUGUUGGAAUAUUCUAGGACUGAUGAAGAAAGCCCUCCUGUUCUUAGUGUGUUUCCUUGUGCUAAAAUUCUGUCUCAGAUUAGCAAAAACAAGGUGGACUCACAGACACAUCUUAAUAACUGGUAUUCAAUGAUCACUGUCUUAGAUCUGGAUGAUCAACAUCUCUUCAAAAUUUCCAACUUGGAAAAAUUGGAACAUUUAAGAUGGGCAUCAUUUAGCAACAAUAAUCUCACUCAAAUAGAAGGUCUAGAGUCUUGUCUUAAUCUUGAAGAACUCACUUUGGAUGGAAACUGCAUUUCAACACUAGAUGGAAUUUCAAAGCUCACCAAACUUACAAGACUUAGUGUAAAUAACAAUGAUCUCACCAGCCUGGAAAGACACGUGUUUCAAAAUCUGUCUCAUCUUCAUUACAUCUCCGUUGAGAACAACAAAAUCUCUUCUCUAAUUGGCUUAAAGAAAACUUAUUCCCUAAUAGAGCUAUACAUAAGUAAUAAUUUUAUUUCUACCAUUCAAGAGAUACACCAUUUAAAGGGUUUAACUAAUUUGAUAAUUCUGGACCUGGAUGGAAAUAUAAUAGUCUGGAAACAAGAUAACUACCGAUUACUUGUAUUAUUCCUUCUUCCCUCCCUCAAAGCCUUAGAUGGCAUUGCAGUAGAUCCAACUGAAGGAGAAAGUGCAAGAGAUCUGUUUGGAGGCAAACUCACCUCUGAUAUGAUUGCAGAUAGACUGGAACAUUCAGACUUGACAGAAAUGCAAGAAUUAAAUUGGACAGCCUCUCAUAUCAGAACUGUGGAGCUGGUGCCAGCAGACCAGUUUAGAAAUGUCUGCAGCGUGAAUUUACAGAACAAUAAUCUCACAUCUUUCAGUGGUUUAAUCUUCCUGCCUAAUGUCAAGGUGUUGUGUCUGAAUUACAAUCACAUUGAAUCGAUACUGCCUAGGCAAAAGCCUCCAAAUCAGCCAACAAAUAAUAGGCAACAGCUGUAUCAAAAAGUGACCUCUAGUGGCUAUGGACAGCAAGGACUUUCCAGAGGAAGGAGGGACGCAGCAUUUGGUGGAAACCUGCCCCCAGUAAUGCAGAGUCUGGAAGUUCUUCAUCUGGGCUAUAAUGGAAUUACUAACAUGGCCCAGCUACAGCUUAGCAGGCUAAAAAACUUGAAACUUCUAUUUUUGCAGGGAAAUUUUAUCAGUCACAUUGAAGGACUCGAAGGCCUCCAGUCUUUGCAGGAGUUGAUACUGGAUAAUAACCGCAUUAAAAUGAUUUCUGAAGGCUCCCUUGCUAAACAGAAUGCUCUUUUGGCUCUUCACCUGGAGGAAAACCAAAUACGAGAGCUGAACAGUUUGCGACCUCUGGUAAAAUUACAGAAACUUUUUCUGGACUUCAAUAAAAUUCAGGAAUUAUCUGAACUAGAAAAGCUGGAMGUUAUUCCCAGUCUUAAAGUGCUCUCAGUACACGGCAAUCCAAUUUCUUUCAAGAAGAACUACCGUCCUUUGCUUCUGCUUCGACUGCCAACCCUGCAAAUGUUAGAUGGAACUGCAGUAAAUACAGAAGAAAGGAUGAGAACUGACUACCAGACACUGGAACAAGAAUUCCAAGUUGCAAACUCCCCAAAAGGCUGUGGACUUCCUGCAGUGCCAGCAAAUUUUCCAAGACAUGCUCCUCUCAGAAUAACAAAAGUGAAUCUGAAUGAAAACUUAAACCAUUUCUUUGGCUCUGAUUUUACCUUUCAUCACAAACUUGAAAAGCCUCUACCAACUGUGUCAAGUAAAAAUAAGUCUGAGAACCCAGGAAUUAUAACAAAUAAUCCUCGAGGCAUCCAUGCAGAAAGAGCUCUUUGCCAGACCAGAGGAGCAGCAGCUAAUCUAAAUCAUUUGGCGCAUCACAGUGCUGCUUCCCAAAGCACCCAACAGCAUCAGAACAGCAGAGAAAAUAAAGGCAGGAAGAAAACCACUAACCUCUCCAAACAAAAUUGA